AAAAAAAUGAUAACAUCAUAAUAAAUUAUUCUGAUUAUUCAAAAAAAAAAAAAAAAAACACAAACCUGUAACUAUUAGAAUGAAUUCAAUUGUUUAUUCAAUGUACCAUGAUAUAUCAGUAACAAAAUUGCAUCGCUAGUAUUUAGAACGAAAUUAUUUUUUCAAAACUACUUUUUUGACUAUUUAUAAUGAAAAUAUAGUUAAUUACAAUUUGGAAAUUUAAGUUUGUGGAUGUGGAAAAUAAGACUUAUUCAUAAAAAUAAUGGAAAUUUUGUCAAAUGUACUUUCAAAUUUAUCUGCAUCGCCUGUUCUUUGUACCAUUUCGUAUUUGUCAACGUUGGUACUUUUGUUCGGAAUAUCACAGGAUGAUACACACAAAAAUCAAUACAAUGUGCAAAUAAAAAACGAGACCAAUGAGUACGAUUUUAUAAUAGUCGGUGCUGGAUCUGCAGGAUGUGUGGUUGCAAAUCGUCUAACAGAAAACAGCAAAUGGACCGUGCUUCUAUUGGAAGCUGGAAAAGAGGAACCUUUAAUUGCAAACGUACCAGGUUUUACAUUGUUUACUGAAAGAACAUAUUACGAUUGGAAUCAUCAAAUCGAACCAGACACCAAUUCAUGUUUAUUACCAGACGGAUGUACUUUUGCACACGGAAAAGGAAUGGGAGGAUCUGGUACUAUGAAUUUUAUGCUAUACGUUAGAGGUAAUCAAGAAGAUUAUAACAAUUGGGAACGAAUGGGAAAUACCGGAUGGAGUUACAAAGAUGUAUUACCCUAUUUUAAAAAAUCUGAAGACAACAAAGAUCAAGAUAUUCUCAGAACAAGCUCAGAAUAUCAUGGAACUGGAGGCUAUCUACCAGUUCAAAGAAUGUCAUACGUGGACAAUGCGUCAAAAAUAUUGUUCAAUGCUUUACAAGAGUUGGGUUAUAAUUCCACGGAUAUAAAUGGAAAAAAUCAAUUAGGAUCAAUGAUAUUGCAAACAACAACCAGAAAUGGAACACGUAUAAGCAGUAAUGGAGCAUUUAUCAGACCAAUUAGACGAAUGAGAAAAAAUUUAUACAUUAAAACUCAAGUAUAUGUGAUGAAAAUUUUAAUUGAUUCAGCGACAAAAAGAGCGUUUGGAGUAAAAUACCAGUCAUCAAUUACAGGCGAUACAAGAAGAGUAUUUGCUAGAAAAGAAGUAAUUAUUUCAGCCGGUACUGUCGAAUCACCAAAAUUACUAAUGAUCUCUGGAAUAGGACCCAAAGAUGAACUCGAAAAAUAUGAUAUCAGCGUUAUAAAAAAUUUAUCAGUAGGUCAUAAUUUACAGGAUCAUGUUUCAUGUCCAAAUAUUAUUGCCAGAGUGGGAGAAAACAAUAAUCCUGAUUGUCAAAGCAAAUUAAAGGACCUAAAAGAUUAUUCUCAUAAUCAUGAAGGUCCACUUUCUUCUAUUGGUGUUAGUUCACUAUCUGUAUUUUUUCAAAGUCAAUAUGCAGAAAUACCAAAUAUUCCCGAUAUACAAAUUGUCUUUAUGCCAUUAAGUACUAUAACAGCUUAUUAUAAUGAAUUUACAAUAAUGCCUUAUUUUCUACAACCAAAGAGUAGAGGAUUUAUUAAACUAAAUCAUACUAAUCCAAUUUGGGGCACACCGGAAAUAAUUCCGAAAUAUUUUUCCGAAGAUGAAGAUAUGAAACGUACAAUCGAUGGUUAUCGAAAAGCUCUUCGUUUAUUUAAUACAACUGCUUUUAAAAAUAAUAAUUUUCGAUUAAAAGAAAUUUCCUUCUCGCCUUGUAAUAAAUUUAAAUUCAAUAGUGAUGCAUAUUGGAAUUGUACUGCAAGACUUUAUACUAAUACGGAAUAUCAUCCAGUUGGAACUUGUAAAAUGGGUCCAAAAGAAGAUACCGAAGCUGUGGUUAAUUCGAGAUUAAGAGUAUAUGGAAUUGAAGGAUUGAGAGUGAUUGAUGCGUCAAUUAUGCCAAUCAUUACUCGAGGAAAUACGAAUGCACCAACUAUUAUGAUUGCCGAGAAAGGAAGUGACAUGAUAAAACAAGAUUGGUUAUAAUUUCAGAUAUUAGCAAGAAUUGAGUUAUUUUAAAAAAUUCAAAUUCUUUACUGAUAAUCAUCAAUGUUGAAUUUCUACAUUAUGUAUAAAUAUUGAUCAAUGACUAAUUUUUAUUCUAUGCUACAAAAGUUUCACGAAAAUUAUUGAUUAGUAUUUAUGUAUACAAUAAGUACAUGAUAAUAAAAUACAUAUAAAUAUUAAAAAUAAAAGUAACUAUCUGUUAUUUUUGCGAAAUAAAAUAUGAAUAUUCCAAGAU